AUGAGUUACGCGGGAGACAGCCAGGUGGCCGGUGCGUCUCGAGAGCCUGAUCCGCCACAGCGAGUCACGCGAGCGACUGCGUCCCAAACGCGUCCGUCGGUGGACUACCGUGAGAGCGAUGGCGAAGCGGUCGAGCACGAGGAGCAGGCGGCACCCGCCACUAGCCGAACGCGGCGAACCGCCCGGGCGGUGAACGCGGAGCGUCCGCGAACACGGGGCGAACCUCCCGGAACGAGCAGUGGAGCGGCCACGGUGCAGCGUCGGCAGCCGACCCUGGAAGGCGAGGCGCUGACCGUGUGGUAUCCUACUCGCUCGUGUAUAACGUGCCCAAUACCGGGGUGUGCAGGAUCGUUCAGUGCCGCCGUUUGGACCCAGUCCAAGCAGUCCUUAAUGAGGCAUUUGAGGGAGAUGCACGACCUCGUGGGGCUGACCACGUCGGUAGUGUGCGUGGGGUGCGAAAUGACGAUGGGUUUGAGGCCGGGUGCACACAAAUGCGACCGGUCGAUAGCCGCGGACGACGAAGCCGUAACCGUUAACCGUUAUAAGUGCCGAGAGGAGGAGUGUGGUAGGUCGUUUCCCAGUAAACAGGGCCUGGCCAACCACACGCGGGACCACCGCAGGCGCGUGAUCGCCGAGGCCGCAGCCGUCGUCAUGCCCGUGCCGGCCACGAGGCAGCGAGGUGGUGUUCCUCGCACCGGUAGAGGCGGGGACCCGAGGAUACCGGAGGUAACGGUUAUGCCACCAGACACAUCGCCACCCCAACGGAUCGCUACACCCGUUCCGCCGCCGAUCGAAUCACCUCUGCGGGUUUUGAGGCCCGCUCAGACCCGGGUUCCGACGCCGGUCCGACCGGUGGAGGCGAGGCUUAUCACACCCCCCGAGCCGCGGCGGGAUUCACCACGGAACGAAGGGUAUGUGGUGACAUACGCGAGCCCCGAGCUGUGGACGCCCAGUCCGCUGGCUAGUACCCAGGCCUCCGACCAGGGGAACAACACGGAGGAAGUAGCGGAUAGCGUAGUCGAAGACGAAGAGGGCUCCUCGGACAUUGACCACCCUCUACGGCCUGAUGACACUACCGCUAUACACGCUCACCUCCCGUGUGUGCUCGAGAUCUUGGCGGCGCCGACGACGGCCGACAUGUGGGAUAGGUUUACCGGUCUGGUGGAGCGGAUUACCGCCGACGCCAAGGCGAUGGCGAAGAUACCAGACAGGCCCCCUAGGACCAACGUAAGAGCGCGGGUUAACGUGGAGGAUGCCGAGGCUCUGCAAAAGCUAUACCGGAGAAACAGGAGAAAGGCGGUUCGCGCUAUUGUCGGGGGCGACGGCGUGCGAUGUGAGAUACCGGUCGAGGAGGUCGAGGCCCACUUUCGGGCGGUAUGGGCUGGCACGGAGGGCGACCCUACUAUAUACCCAUCGUACGACGACCGACGACCGAUGCCCACCGGCGGGUUCACGGCCGUGGAAGUCGAAAAAAGGCUGAAAAAAUUUGAAAAUACCGCGCCCGGAGACGACGGGCUGACGUACCGGCACUGGCGCCUGAUCGACCCGCGAUGUGCACUGCUGACGGCAAUAUUUAAUGUCUGUUUGAAGCACCGGAGGGUGCCUGGCCAAUGGAAAAGUGCGACCACGGUGCUAAUUCACAAGAAAGGCGACGUCGGGGAGCUAGGCAACUGGAGGCCCAUCGCCUUGAGCCGGACGAUUUACAAACUUUACGCAGGGUGCCUUGCUAAGAGGUUGACUGCGUGGCUGAUGGAGAACCAUGCCAUAAGUCCGGGCCAGAAAGGCUUUCUGCCGGCCGACGGCGCCUUCGAGCAUGUUCACACACUGCAGCGGACACUAGAGCGUGCACGCACCGGACGAGCCGACAAGUGCGUCGCAUGGCUCGACGUGUCCAAUGCGUUCGGGGCAGUACCGCACGGCUCGCUAGUCGAAGCGGUCAGGGCGUCUGGAGCGGGCGAUGUACUGGCGGACAUAAUCGCCGAUAUAUACCGGGGUGCGGUGUCAUGUGUGAGCUCAUCGGACGGUGUGACGGGUGAGAUACCCGUGUUGUCCGGAAUCAAGCAGGGUUGUCCGUUGAGCGGACUCUUGUUCAUCAUGGCUAUCGACCCCGUCGUUCGAGAGCUACAAGGCCAAAGUGAGGAACACAGAGUCCUCGCGUUUGCCGAUGAUCUCUGUAUAAUUGGUGACAGCCCGCCGGAACUGCAGGCGGCUGUACGGACGGCCGAAGAACAGCUGGGCCGGAUUGCAUUAAGAGUGAAUGCUGCGAAGUGCGCCUCGUUGCACCUAUCGGGUAUCACUCCGGUUGGUGCCCGUGAGACGGUCUUUACGGUAGCCGGGGGCCAGAUGCGGACGCUCAGCGAGGGAGAUGCUGCGGUCUUUCUGGGGGUCCAGGUCGGCUUCAAUAUCGUGCCACCGAUGUCGACGUUGGCCGAUAUUACCGACCUGGGCCUUAGGAUAGUGCGCAGCAAACUUGCACCAUGGCAGCGGCUCGACGCCCUAAAGACAUUCUUUUAUCCGGCGGCCACUUUUUCCCAAAGGUUCAGCGAGUUUAAAAAGACAGAUUGGGAGACGGUAGACCGAAUAAUGCGGCCGGAAAUCAAAUCCACGCUCGGGUUACCGCAGGAGGCAAGUAAUGAGUAUCUGUACGGCUCGGCAGCCGGUGGAGCGUGUGCGAUCCGUAUGUUGGCCGAGGAUGCUGACAUAGCUGCGGUCGACAGCGCGUUUAAACUCCUCACCUCGCCGGAUCAUCGCGUGUUAGCGGACGCGUGGACCCACCUCAAGGAGGUGGUCAGCACUAAGGCGGGUAGACCCGCGGACGUUCCGCUGGCGGGCGACUUCCUCUCGGGAAGUAUUGAUGGUGACUUGGCGUCGGCGCGGUCACGGACCGGCGUGAAAUCGGUGUGGUCGAAUGCUCGUAAUGCUUCUCGGCGAAUAAAUGUUACAUGGAACCCGGAGGGCGACGCCGUUACGAUCCGCAGGAGAGGAGCGACAAUGCGGCCGAAACAACGCCACGAGGUUAUGAAAACGUUGCGAGAAGAGUUGCGUAUGGAACGGAGCGAGUCGCUCCGCGCUAAGCCCGACCAAGGUCGGGCGAUGGAGUGUGUUGCGGCGCACCGAGCGUCAUCACACUUCAUACGCGCGGGCGACUACACCAGGUUCGCCGACUGGCGCUUCAUUCACCGGGCACGGCUCAAUCUCGUGGCGCUGAACGGGUCAGCGUCGUGGCGGUCUGGCGACCGCAGUUGUCGGCGAUGUGGGUAUAUUACUGAAAGCCUAGCCCACGUCGUUGACCACUGCUGGCGCUAUGCCGCCAUGUACAUGGCCCGCCACAAUGCGGUUGUAGCGAGAAUUAAGAAGGCGGCGGAACCCAAAUUCGAAAUUCUGAGCGAGAACCAGGUGAUCGGGAGCGGAGGACUGCGGCCCGACCUGGUGCUCAGGCGUGACGGUCGGGUUUAUAUCGUCGACGUGACGAUCCCGGCCGAAAACCGCGUUGCAUCGUUCAAAACAGCCGCCGACGGGAAACGUGCGAAAUAUGAAGAUUUACGGGCCGAGUUGGCCGAGGCUAAUGCAGGAGCAGUGGUGUACCCAGUGGUAGUGGGUGCACUCGGGUCUUGGGACCCGAGCAACGAUCUGCUCCUGCAGAAGCUGUGUGCGCGGUCAUACGCUUCGCUGUUGCGAAAACUGUGCGUUAGUGAGGUGAUUGGAUACACUCGAGAUAUAUACAUCGAGCACCUCACUGACGUACGGCAGCGGCAGCUGUAG